AUGACUCGAUUUGGCGAUUUCCAAACACUUUGCUCCCAGGUCCCGUCAUACACCUGGUGCAAUCUCUUUUAUCGCCAGUUACAAACAAAUGAUCCAACCGCCUUGACUGGUCUAUCUCAAUCCGCCGCCUCCGCCCCGGUCGGUGUCAAUCCAGAGUGUGGGAUACCAAAAGUGAAUACCAACGGCUCUCUGGGCAACAUCGCCAAUAUCAUCGCUUGCGGUCUCAGUUUCUUCAUUGUCGGCGCUUUGAUUUACUUCACUGGAAGGCGCAAAGCAGCAGUCGGCCGUAUAGAACUGCGGAUAUUCUUUGUCUUGUACCUCUUAACUCUUCCAUUCCAGUUGAUUACAUCCGGUUCCUUGCUUACCCAGGGCUCGACUGCCUUGGUUGCGCUUACUGCCAUCCAGGCUGGUCUCGUCGCUACAUUAUUCUGGGCAUUGCUCGCCAAUGCCAUUGUAGCAACGCAAAUCGUGGAAGAUGGCACCCUGAGCUCAAUAGUACCAGCUCUGAGCUCACCCCCAUCCCAGCCCUUCUCCGUACUUUCCGUCGCAUUUUUCGUCGCAACAACCUAUAUAUCCUUGGAUGUCGGAUUUACCUUUACGCAUGUGCUUGGAACAUCAAAUCCACCCCAAUCUAUCAACAGUAUACCACUCUUUGUCCUCACUAGUAUCUGGCCAGGAGUCGCUGCUUUAAUCUAUUUCGGACUUAUGAUGUACAUCGUCCUCGGGAUUCUGAACGAAAUCCGACCUGUGUGGUACUAUGUCAUCGCAGGCAUCCUCUUCGUGCUUAGCCAGCUCGACUACUUCUUACUGAGUAAAAUUAUAUGUCGAGGGUCAUCAAUGAAAGUUGACGGCUCGUUCAUCGCCACAAUACUGGAGACCGCAUGCGUAGUCACCCUAUACUUUGCAUGGCGAGGAAUUACAGAAGAGGACUGGGAUGACAAUCUCUACUACCCAUCAUGAUUAUGUUGUUAUGUUUGUGAUUUUUCCUCCUCUUAUAUACACGCGAUACAUGUUACUCCUCGGUUUACACGCUUAUUCGCCUCUCCUUGCAUUCUGCUUAUGUAUGGUCACCAACUUCUACGCGAAGUUAGCGCUGGGGCUGGUCGUGAGGCGCUUGGGGGACAGGUUCUGGUUAAAAAGAGGCUUCCCAGUGGCUCGCUGGUACUUGGACCAAUUGUAUUUCUGUGGGGUGCAUACCCAAAAUUGUUGUGCUGUAAUAUCACCGUGAUAUAUACCGUCGAUGGUGUGUACAGAUCAUACAUAUCUAAACGCAGUCACGGUGAGCCAGCUAUGCGAGACACCGUCUCUCAAUAGUGUAAACAUGUGUCAGCAAAUUUAAUUACAGUGAAAGGAACGUUCACAGUGAGUGUGUAGUAACUGCCUGCAGUGCAUAUUGAUACUUAGAAGGAAGGAAAAUACUUUA